GUACUAGCACGAGUACUCGAGUACAUCAUGCUCUCCUUUCGUUUCCGCUCCAGCCCCCGGGAUAAUUCAGGGGGUAGGCAUUUUCUACUGCACCGCAGCUUUUGAAGCGCGAAUUCUCGCGGGAAUUACACCGAAGUACUGCACUGCAGACUGCAGUAUCUAUCCGCCUCCGUACUCUUAACAGAAUCCAUAAUUGUAUUCAUAUAUCCCGCCGAAGCACAAUAGAGACAUUUCUGGUGAAAAUCGUGUUAGCCUACCGGUACCGCAAUCCCCCGACCCCCCAGUAUCCACACUUGUGUUGCACUGUGCUGGUGGUCACGGCGGCGUUGUAUGGUAUUCUCCUUGCUUGCAAAAGUCACCGUUACCACACCGGUACCCGCCUUAGGGUUAGGGGUCCACCUCUCACUACCCCUUCUCCACCUCCCUGCAUCAAGUCCAGAUCUUUUUUCCUGAGGUACGGGCAACAACGAACACCACGGUCACAACACACCAAGCUAGAUCGCGACCUUCCCCCUACUCCCGCUUCACUCUACAAUAUUGACUGGACUAUAAUACAUAUACCUCUAAAAGACCAUAGUUACUAUGACCGAACAGAUUAACGCUAUUAUCGAGCCAAAGCUCGAACCGAAAUACGAUCAUUAUGACUUUCCCAUCACCAACCCCAUGACCGGUAGUGGUCACUCCGGCCACGUCAAUGCUGAGCAAAACGCAAAACUCUUUCAGCUAAGGAGCGAGCUCGAGAGUGAGGGGUAUACUGAGAGACUGGAUACUCUGACUUUGGUGUGUUCGCCUCCGUUGAUAAGGGGUUCACGAGCUGACGAGUAAUUCUAGCUUCGGUUUUUGAGAGCAAGAAAGUUCGAUGUCCCAUUGGCAAAGGCCAUGUAGGUCCCCUACCCUGUUUGUUUCUAUGCAGAUAGGGUUUGUCUAUAAGCGAGCGAUGCCCAACUCUGACGAAUGCUUAGGUUCAUCGAUACCGAAAAGUGGCGAAAGGAGUUUGAGGUCGACAAAAUCCUUGCUACCUUUGAAUACACCGAAAAGCCCAAGGUCUUCGAGUACUAUCCUCAAUACUACCACAAGACAGAUAAAGAUGGCCGUCCCGUAUACAUCGAGCAGCUCGGCAAGAUAGAUCUCAACGCAAUCUUAGCCAUUACUACCCAGGAGCGCAUGAUUCAGAACCUCGUCCUCGAGUACGAAAGACUAGCGGAUCCCAGAUUGCCAGCCUGCUCAAGGAAAGCUGGCCAUCUCCUCGAGACAUGCUGUACGAUUAUGGAUUUGAAGGGCGUUGGCGUUACCAGUAUCAGCUCGGUUUACACCUUCCUCAAGCAGGUGUCUGCAAUCUCCCAGAACUAUUAUCCCGAGAGGUAUGCUUCACCAUCUACUUUGCCGAGAUGAUUUAACAAGAACAGACUUGGGAAGUUGUAUAUCAUCAACGCCCCCUGGGGGUUCGCCAGUGCGUUUCGUGUUGUUAGGGCGUUUCUUGAUCCAGUGACCGUACGUCUAUUUGCCCCUCUCUCCUUACCAAGACUAACUUGAGCAGGUUGAUAAAAUCAAUAUUUUUGGUAGUGGGUACCAGGAGGAACUUCUAAAGCAGAUACCCACGGAGAACCUCCCCGUCAUCUUUGGCGGUACCUGCUCCUGCAAGGGGGGCUGCGAGCUGAGCGAUGCCGGCCCGUGGCAAGAGGAGCAAUACACAAAUGCCGCGGUCAAGCCAACAGCUACAACUACAGCGGCCGCACCCGAACCCGCCCCGGCGGUCAUGGCAACCAACACUGCUUAGAUUGGGGUACGAGGUAAUAGAUUUAUGGCGGCUUGACUAGAUGACAAUGUAAUCUUUUCUUACGAGAGGCGGAUACCUGGGCAGUGAGGUUCCGGAGAGAUGUUUGCGUGCGGUUAGUAAAAUAUUAUUCAGAAUUGUGACUGUCU